CUCAAAACGCGCGAACUCAACGAUGAAUAUUAAGUUCGCCAUCGUUCUGGUGGCACUGGCCACGGCAAGCUGCGAGGAUGCUAGCAAACCUAGCGAGACCGCGUCAAAGGACUCGGAUUCAGCGGACAAGAAAACAGAGAAACGUGGGCUGCACGGUAGUUACGGAGAUCUAGGAGGCGGUGGCGAUUAUGGUGGCGAACAGCACCACGAGCACGAGCACGUGAAAGCGGUAACCGUAGUGAAGAAGGUUCCCGUCCCUUACGAAGUAACCAAGCACGUGCCUUACCUAGUGGAAAAGCACGUCCCUUACGAAGUGAAAGUCAACGUCCCACAACCGUACACCGUCGAGAAGCACGUCCCUUAUCCGGUAAAGGUGUUCGUGAAGGUGCCGGUUCACGUGCCCCAACCAUACACCGUUGAGAAGAAGGUGCCUUACGAGGUCAAGGUCCCCGUCGACAAGCCCUACGAGGUAAAGGUGUUAGUGCCUCAACCGUACACCGUUGAGAAGCACGUCCCGGUCCCGGUGAAGGUCUCCGUACCGCAACCGUACACCGUCGAGAAGCACGUGCCGUACCCAGUCAAAGUCAAAGUACCUCUGCCUCAACCGUAUACCGUGGAGAAGAAGGUACCUUACGAGGUGAAGGUACCUGUGGACAAACCGUACCAUGUCCACGUACCAAAACCCUAUCCAGUGACCGUGGAGAAGCCGUAUCCGGUACAAGUGGACAAGCUGGUACCGUACGAAGUCAAGGUACCCGUGGACAAGCCCUACCCCGUGCCAGUAGAAAAACCGUAUCCGGUACAUGUCAAGGUUCCUGUCCCUCAGCCUUAUCACGUUCACAAGGCGGUACCGGUUUCGGUACCCAAGCCGUACCCGGUACCAGUCAAGGUACCCGUAGACAAACCGUACAUUGUGGAGAAGGAGGUGCCGGUGCCGGUAGAAAAGGAAGUCCCGGUACCGGUGAAGGUGCCUGUUCCGGUGCACAUACACGAAAGUCACGGGGGUGGCGGCAGUUAUGGGGGUGGCAGCUACGGAGGAGGUGGCAGCUACGGAGGUGGUGGCGGCUACGGAGGUGGCGGCGGCUACGAAGGAUACGGAGGCGGCGGCGAAGAGUAUUCUCAUCAUUGACAGAACAGGAUUUCUUGAAUACCUUUAGAUUCUUGAUAUACGUGCUGCUGGAUCUCUGGGCGAUCGCCUCUCUAUUCGCGAGACCCAAGGGCCAUCCAUGAAAUUAUAUACAUUUUGUAACUUUGAUGGAGUUUCGUUAUCUUAUUGAUCACAGAUAUUAUCGUGAUCCGAUGAUACGAGAAGUUUUUUGUGGUUAGUGCUUCUCUAAAGCGUAAGGUCUCCUUCGAUACUUUUGUAAACGGUCGAUGAGUACUAGUAUUUCUUGGUGACAGCGUUUCCCUUUCUUAUUUUGAUACGCUCGCGAUUUAUGUAUCUUCUAUGCACCGUUGCAUUCGAAUGAGAAAGUAGAUUCUUUCACGUUGUACCGCUGAUCUUGAUGCGUCCAUUAAAUUCUUUACUACUUCCCGGGAAUGCGAACAAGUAAUAUAAUUUCUUUCUUGAAGCUGUUCCAAAGAAACCGCUAACAUCGGCGUUCGAGCUUUACUAUGCAAGCGUAAGUUAGCCGAUGUCAAGUAAAACGUGGUAAGGCGAAAUCAUGAUUUCGCCGAAAGCUGUACCUAAUUUAAGUUUAAGAAAUAGAGUGUUUGUCUACUUUUGUA